CCUGAAAAGGUCAGAUAAAGUGACUUUUUCCAUUGGGUUCCACUGGAAUGUGGAAAGUGUUGUUCUACACCUUGUCUUGUGUGGAAGUCUUGCACUGCUCCGUGCCUUGAUUAUUAAUUUUCAUUUUCCCUAUUUUCUCACCCUGGAACAUUUAUCUUGACCAUCGUCUGCUCGCUGCUGGACAAUUGGUCGGGGCGGCAUACAUCAUUAUUGAUCCUGGGGGGGAAAAGCUUGAUGUUUAGACUGAGUACCUGUGUGGUGUUUGAGGAGUCGUUUGACUGUGGUAAUAUUGUGGGUGUCGUCAGGAUCUUCAAAUGAGCAGGUAUUCGGUGACCAGCUGACAGCUCUACACCUGCUGCUUUCUACCAGAUGGUGCACCAGCACGAGUUAUGCCAGUGAAAACUGUCCCCAGCCAGUAAUACAGUAAUUUUUUUUAUAUUAACCAUUCUUCAAAGUUAUGGGCAGGACGGUGGUAGCCGAGGACUGUCUGCAGGACAAGCUGACAGCAUUAGCCAAGGCUGGCAUCUUCCAGAUUGGUCUUGUGAUCGGUCAGAAUGCCAAAGAUCGUGACUUCAUUGUCCAUCUGGCCCCAACACCCAUUCCAGAUGAAGGAGAUUUGAGUUCAGAAGAGGAAGAGGCCAUACCAAGUUCAAAGACAGGGCAGACUAAACCAAAGUAUCCUGACUCUAUUGCCAAGGUUGUCGAUAUUACCAUAUCUCAGCAUACAAGACAGGUUGUACGCAUGCUGCCAGGUGGGCUGGAUAUUAUUGGCAUCUACGUGGUAGCACCUCUAGCAGAGUUCAGUUCAUCUGUCAGCCAAUUUAAGCUCCGUUCUGUUCUGUCAGUGGUUCACAAGACAGCAUCUAGAAUUCUGUUAGACACUGCAGAAGUUAGAACUGAGAAAGUUAUCAUUCAUGUAUGCACACAGACAUUCAAGGUCACAUGCAAAACUGUGGAUGUAUGUCCCACUUCUCCCAGUGUGCAGUCAAGUGCAGAACUCAAAUUCCAGCGAGGAGGUAUCAAGUGGCAGCAGUUGAGUUUCUCAUACAAUAUUAACCUUAACUUUUGGCUUCCAAAGGACAAGUCAUCACAGUCUCUCUUCAAAACUGUUCUUGCUUUAAUCAAACCAUGGGCAAACAAAGUAGCAGAAAGCCUGAUUCUCAUUGACUCAACGCUUCCCGACAAUGAUGAUCCAUUGAACUCAAGCGUAGAUGAAAAACCUUCCAAGAAAAAGGGUAGUAGUAGAGGCAUGAUGGAAUUAGCACCCCCGAAGGUCUUCAUUGCAGAAAUUCUUGACACUUGUACUCCUUCAGCUAGAACACAAGGGCUGAUUGAAAGCUCUGGUUGUGUGCGACUCUCUGGAACAUUAGCUGGAUUGGCAUUUGUGUACCCAAAGGCAACGGUGGGAGAAGCUCGUGCUGCUGUUUUGGUUGAUCUAGUGCGUUCUGUUGUGGCUCGUUGGGAGAUGCACUGUGAUUCUCUUGUGGAUGAACCGCCCUCCCACCUCACUGGUCCCAUCAUCCAUGAGCCUCCACGACGAGUGUUUUUGGAAGGUGGUGGACUACCUGUGAGCUUGUGUGAUUAUCUGUUCCCUGGAGACACAUGUGCUGAUGCUUGCCAGUCAGCUAAGGAGCUACUUGGUGUCAGUGUUCGUAAGGAACAUGUGGAUGAUACUCUGGAAACUCUUGCAGAUGCUUCAGAAGUAAUGGACACAAGUGAUGCUGAUGAGGCUAAGCAUCUCGGUGUUGAAGGCUCACAUCGAGAAGACACUUGUUCUGUCACAUACAUACUGUUAGCUAUUGUUAUAGCUGUGCUGGGCAUUGCAGUAUCUUAUGUUUCACUGAGAGGAACAAGAUCAUUAACCUAAGGUUACACAUCAUUUUUUUAGAUAUCAAGAAAGAAGGCAAGUUUUUCCCUCUUGGUAACAGUGUUUAGGUUCCUAGACUCGUGUGAAUAUUACAAGGUAAAGAUGUGCAUUAUGAGGGAGAUUUCUCUGUUAAAUUAUGAGAAAUCUAUGUUGAUCAGGUGAUUGAUUUUAAUUUUUUAUGUACUGUAAUUGCUUUUCAUUGUUAUGUGGGAUGGUUGGGAAUGUGGUUUUUUCACAAUGAAUUAAUUUCUUUUUUAUAAAUCCUGGCUUAUACUGAUUAUUUUGGGUGUUUUAUGUUAGUCUUCAACAACUGUUUGAAAAUCCUUAAAAUAAACCAGUAAUUUAAUUACUUAUUGUCCUAUAUUUUUGGGAAUGGAUAUAUAUACAUGUAUAUUUGAAGUUAGUAAAUACAUUAAUUUCCUAACAUGCUUUAACCCUUUCAGGGUUUUUGACGUACUAGUACAUCUAAAUUCUAGCGCCCUCAAAUCUAGCGAGAGAAAGCUGGUAGGCCUACAUAUGAAAGAAUGGGUCUAUGUGGUCAGUGUGCACAGUAUAAAAAAAAUCCUGGAGCACACAGUACGUAAUGAGAAAAAAAAAAUCUUUGACCGUGUUUUGGGAUUAAAACAGCAACUUUGCACUGUAUUUCCGUUUGGUAUUUACUGUUGUAUUCUAGAAUGGAAGACAUUACAGAAAUUAAGAUGAUUUUGACUGGCUUUACAAUGAAAAAAGUACCUUGAAAUUGAGCUCAAAGUAGCAGAAAUGUUCGAUUUUUACCCAAGUUCAAAAGUAAACAAAUCAUGCUGAGCGUCCAAUACACAUCAACUAGCGAGUCUUAUAUUCUUUCACAAGUGAGCCGAUGUUAUUUAUACCAUUUCUGCACUAAUGCAGUAGUCUGCAUAACAGUAAAUCUUCUAUUUUUUGUGAAAUAAAAAUUCACUGUGGAAAGCAAAAGAAAUGUAAGAGGGGCGUGGGGACGUGACUAAUGAACAGAGGAAAUGUUAUUUUAGUGCCAGGAAUGUCUUUCUUGUUUAUUCUGGACCCUAUUUGGAAAUUGGCAUCUUUUGAAAUUUGUGUGAAAUUGGCAAAAUUGCUAAAUUCUGACCACUGUAUUGGAUAGUUGAAAUUGGUAAAUGGGUGGUUUCUUGUACUCAUUUGAUAGAAAAAAUGGAAUUCUAGCAAAAUAGUUAUGAUUUUUGUCAGCUAGUACACUGGAAGUGGCCAAAAAUAGGGCUCAAAGUUGGCAAAAUCGCUGAUGCGUAAACAUCAUUGAGACCGCUAACUUUGCGAGAGCAUAAUUCCGUAAGUUUUCCAUCAAAUUUCAUACUUUUGGUGUCAUUAUGAUCGGGAAAAGAUUCUCUAUCUUUUCAUAAGAUUUUUUUUUUUUUUUUUUUUUUUGAAAUUUGGGCGACCCUGAGAACAAGUCUGGGAGAGGGCCUGGGGACCCUGAAAGGGUUAAGUAUGCCGUACUUAAAGUAUGGUAUACUUUUGAUAUACUUGUUAGGAAAUUAAUGUAUUUUAAUACACAAGUCCACAUCCCUUUAUCUGAAACCCUUGGGGCCAGUAAUGUUUUGAAUUUCAGAAUUUUUCGAAGUUCAGAAUGAUUCUCAAUGCCGCCAUUUGGCGGCGUGACCCAGCACUGAGACGACUGACGCUCCUUCAGUUUUCGGAACUUUUCCAAUUUAAGAAUUUCGGAUAAAGGGUUGUGGACCUGUAUAACAUUUGCUUAUAAUGUAUAUUGCAUUUUGCCAGUGCAUUCCCUCAGCUACAUUUUGAUGUAUUUUUUAUCUGUCCAUAUCCAGAAUAAUCAGUAUACGAUGUUAGUGUUUCUGCAAAUUCAAUGUAAGUCGAAUGUUCAGUAUUCAUAAUCUAUUUUCCUAUAAGAAACAAUGUAAAAUGGAUUGGUGUGUUCCCAAGCUCUAAUUUUCCUAAAUAAUUUUUAGUUAAUUUUGUCCACAACAAAUUUUUGCCCAAUAUUUUACAUUCGGUACUGUUCCUUUUUACUUGCAUAUAGUAAUAAAUUAUUGUAUAGAUAUGUGUGUGAGUAAGUGCAUGAGCAUGUGAAUCUGUGUGUGUGUGUGAGGAACUGAAUGUGUGAAAGAGUGGCAGACAGACAGGCAGUGCAGUGUAGUGCAUGAAGGUGGCGGGGAUUAUGUGAGGGAGGGCAUUGUAAGGUCCUACACCUUACCCACUGAAACUUGUACAGGACAUGUGAACAGGUCACUCCUCAAUGGCAUACCAACCCCCACCCAACCCCCUUCCCAUCCCAUUCCACUCUUCCCCAGUCCUCUUCCUAGGGUCACCAGCCUGAGGUAGUGAUCUUCCUGGGCUCCCAGGUAACUCAACCACCUCACUUCCUUACCAAGCACCCUUAUGUCUUCCUUUGCCUGCCAACCAUGACGUCAAUAAUAAAUCUACAGUUCUUGCUUAAUCUCUACAAAAAUGAAUGUGAACUCUGUAUACAUGCCUAAAAUAAAAAUGCAUGAAGUUGGGUACAUUUGGUAAAAAAAAAAAAAAAAAAUCAAUUUUUUUAUAAUUCAUCCUUAACCCUAGGGAUUG